CGAAAGUGUAACUGUGUACUACCUGUAACCAGACACCCCAGCACCAUGCGUGUGUCCAACCCGCACGGCGAGCUGGCCGUGUGCAACGAAAAGUACGUGAAAGAGUGCACAGAACUGGUCAUGUCCCAUCGAGGCAUCGACGUGAUUGGCAACUUCGACGCCUUCGUGUCGGUGGAAGUGCUGUGGCUGAACCACAACAACAUUGAAAAGAUUACGGGUCUAGACAACUGCUUUCGCAUCAAGUACUUGUACCUCCAGCAUAACCACAUUCGAUCGCUGGAAGGAUCGCUGCGCCACUUUACGUUCUUGCGGGAGCUGCGACUAUACCACAACAACCUGCACGACUUGCACAGCGCGUUGAAACUCUUGGAAAAGCUCGUGCAUUUGGAAGAUCUGGAUCUGUUUGGGAAUCCAUUGGCCGAAGAAGACAAGUAUAGGCUGCACGUGAUAGCCAGUAUUCCGUCCCUGCAAGUGUUUGAUCGACACGUGGUCACCCCCGAAGAGCAAUUGAGCGCCAAAAAGUUGUCCAUCAAGCGAUCUGGUGGUAGCUCUGCCCAUGAGCAUCGACAGGGCCCCCGGUUACAAGCUUCAACCAUGCAGCGCUACGCCCCCUUGUCUGGCACGGUAAAAAUGCUCCUCAAAGAAGUCGCGACCAUCGAGCGCAACCAAAAACUCGCGGACGAGUUGGAGCGCGCCAAGUGUUUUGAGCUCGUGUCCCCAGCGUCGCAAGCGGCCGGUCCGUCGUCCCCUCAGGCCAACGACACGACGACCAGUCUUGCGCGAAACUGCGGAAUGGACGACUGGGUCAUGUGCCACCUGCGCAAGGUGUUUAAGAGCCUGGAUACCAAGAAAUUGGGGGGAGUCUUAAACACGCAGUUUGCCACGGUGGUGUCGGAAAUGCUGGAUCAGGGGUACCAAUUAAUAUGGGCCGACCAACCCCUGACGGAAGAGUCAAAUCUGUCUGCCCUGUGGCCGCUCAUGGGAAAAGCCAUCGGGCCUGACCCCGACGAUGACGAUGAACGACCUCGACAUGUGAUAUCCUGGGCAGCUUUUUCCCAGGCCUUUACACAACGCCACGUCGGUGGCAACCAAGAGCCGUUCUAUUGGGUCCCCCUGGGGAUUCGAGCAAUUGAAGAGCGAGCACAAGAGUACUUUGACAAGGCCGCUCUGUUGCAAAAGAAGUUGUCGCUCCUCACCAGUCCAAACAAUCAACUCACCCAACAAGUGCAUGUGUACUCCCAACGGGGAUACCACUUGACAAGUCUCAAGGACCAAUUGACAAGGACAUCCCACCAUGAAAUUGUGCGCACUCAGCAUCAGACCCCGCCGUCCGUCUUGCGGGAUUCUGUGACGCUGUUCUCGUACAAGACUAAAGGAGCAAAGAAACUCAUGUCCCAGCCUGACGAAGACGAAAAGAAAGAAGGGACCGCAUUGACCAAGAAGUACAAUGUCAAGUCCAAGGACUUUCAAGCGUACUUGGAAGCAAAAGAGGCCCGGAAACCAGUUCGAGUUACCAAACAGUCGCUUGCAAUUUAACGCUGUAUAUUUCCGUUUCCACUUAUGUUUUUCAAUAAAAGAACACAAGUUGUCCAAG